AUGAGCAGUGGGCUUCCAGCUAUUACCGGUGACAUUGAUCAUGCAAGAGCAGUGUAUGUUUUCCCCGAGGUUCUCAAACCGUGGAGACCCACUAUCUUAGCGUACUCAGCAUCAUUCGUCUCUACAGUGAUGGGAUUUCCUAUGGACACGGUCAAGACUCGUAUGCAGACCCACAAAGAGUUUAGUAGCUAUUGGGACUGUGUACGCAAGACGUAUUCUCAUGAAGGGAUUCGAGGCUUCUACCGAGGUAUUUGGGCUCCCUUAGUGUCUACUUCCCUUUCCAAAUCACUUGGGGUUUCUAUCUUUACCUUCUUCAAACCUAAAACAUACCAAUUGCUCUACGGAGAUAGUGUUGGAACGCACCCGUUGCUUAGAAACAUCCCUGUAUGUUUUAUAUCCGGAUCCAUGGCUGGAGGGGGGGUGUCACUCUUUGCGUGUCCAUUCGAGUUCACCAAAGUGUACUCUCAGAUCCUCAAAUUGGUUCAAAGACAGCAUCUGAUAGACACUCAUGAUCCCAAGAAACGACUCACAAAGACUCCAAGCACCUUACAGAUCAUCAAGAUCAUCAUUAGAAACGAAGGGUACAUGGGGUUGUACUCAGGAUACAAAUACCAUUUCCUUCGAGACUCCCUUUCGUCCGGGUUUUAUUUCUCUAUCUAUGAGCUAGGGAAACAUUCCCUUAAUAAACUCUUCUUUGAUUCGCCGUCUCAUUUGUCUGUACUAAUCGCUGGUGGUCUUUCUGGGGUGUUGAGUUGGACUUUGAUUUUCCCCGUCGACACCGCAAAGGCAUUGAUCCAGAAGGAAGUAGUCACCAAGAUCUUGAGACAACAAGAAGGUCUAGACCCAUUGCCAAAAAAGCAGAACAAGGUCCUGAAGUUCCCUAAACUAGAACGUAACAUGUACCGAGGGUUAGGCAUUUCUGUUACCAGGUCGUUCCUCGUUAACAUGAUCUUUUUUGGGGUCUAUGAGUUCUCAAUGGCCCAUAUAGCAUAA